AUGGGUUCAGUUUGCUGCACUGUGUACUUCGAUGACUUUCCUUGUGCGGAACCAUCGGCCUCGUCGGGAUCGGCUCAGGACUUCAUUGUGGGGCUUCUGUCCACUUGCCUGGGUUGGAAUGUUGCUCUGCAACCAAAGAAGAAUCAGCCGUUCUCCCAGACCUUCACUCUGCUUGGGAUUGAGCUUUCGCUUAAAACUGCGGACCAGGGCAUCCUGAAGGUGCGCAACAAGCCGGACCGUGUUGUGGAACUACGUGCUGAGCUUGACCGGCUUUUGUCGCAGGGCUACAUGAAGAGGUCUGAGGCAUCAUCCUUGCAUGGGCGCUUGAACUUCGCUCAAGGCCAGCUUCACGGUUGUCCCAUUAAGCCAGCGCUCAAGUUCUUGUCACAGGUGGCGGCCAACGGCUGGGACGAUGCUAUGGCCGACGAUUUCAAACUUGCGAUUGGCUACAUCGCAGCUUGCUUCGCCACGGACUCUCCGAGGGUGAUACAUGCUCUUGACUCGCGGUAUGCCAUCAAGCUCUUUACCGAUGGUGCAUGGGACAACAGAAUCGCAGGUGCGGGGGCGGUGCUCCAGUCUCUGGACCAUGGACCCAAGGUGGCGGAGGUGGUUGUUCCAGAAUGCCUUAUCGAGCACUGGGGCAGGCAUGGUGGCACUCAGCUCAUCUCGCAGCUGGAGCUCUUCCCAGUGCUGGUGUCUCUGAUCAGCUGGGACCCCGAAUUGGCGGGCAGGCGCAUCCUUGUCUUUAUCGACAAUAACGGUGUGCGCGAUUCCUUGAUCAAGGGCUCCUCUCCGCUGCCUGACCACUUCAUUAUGCUUUCGAUGAUUGCCUGGGUGGCUCGGCGGUUCCACUUCACGCUGUGGUUCACUCGUGUGGCUUCAGAAUCGAAUCCCGCAGACGACAGGUGA